AGGUGCUCCUGAACGCAUCUUCAAGAUGAACCAGCUAGCCGCAGUAGCCCGAUCGCAGUUAAUCGAUAAUGUUAUGUUGAGCAGUUGAAACGUUAGUUUCAUCUGAACAUUAUUUUAAUUUGCGUAACCUUAAAAAAAUCGCUCAUGUUGGGCAAUUUACUCACUCAUUUCAAUUAAGGGUGUUAUUUAACAGUUCAUUCUACGAUCACCAGGAAAAUUCGAACACGAUUUGCAGGUAAUUUCCAGAUGGAGGAGUUUAAAAACAGCGACAAGGGUCGGGUGACCAUCUACUCCAUCAAAGGCUGCCCACACUGCCGGCAGGCGAAAGCCUUCCUGGCACCCUUAGGACUUCCGAUUUGCGACGUCGAUCUCAAUGAGCAUCCCGAGUUGCAGGCGCCGGUGAAGAAGCUGUCAGGUGGACGGGUCUCAGUCCCUCAAAUAUUCUUCAACAGCCUUUACAUUGGGGGCAAUGAAAAACUGAAAAAAAUGGCUCCAGAGGAGCUUCAAAAGUUGGUGAAGAUGGUCAAAGAGGAACCUCUUACAGCUGACGCUCCACCGCUACCGGAGGUCAAAGAGUCACCGGGUGCUGCUUUGGAUGCGGACCCUCAUGACAAUCAAUUUGAGUGUGAGAAAGACAAGUUGGCUGACCUGGUUGCGGAACUUAAAGAUGCUCACGUGAUUGGCACUCAGAGAAAGGGCCUGACCUUGUACAAGAAGAGCUUUUCCAAGGACCAACUGCUUGCCUGGCUCCAGAACAACAAGGGCAUGGACCAAGGUCAAGCCAUAAGUGUGGGCCAGGGAUUAUUGUUCAAGAAGUACAUGACCAUUGUCCGAGAGCGCGGGGAGAUAGAUGGCAGAUUUGGAGCAGCCAGCGGGGACGCGCUGUUCAGGUUGAUGGAGGACGACCCGCAUUCUGCACUCAACACAGGACAGACGGCGUCCUGCAGUCCCCUCGAGGCGGCGGAACUCUCCUUACUUUUGCGUGAACUAACCCUCAAGCUGUUCUCGGAGCAUCUCUCUGCCGACGGCAAGUCGGUGGACUACAAAGGCAUGUCGGAGAACCCGGCUUUUCAACGCUACUCUGAACUAGCCAUUCAGCUGCAGAGGAUCAAGCUCCUCUCGCUCUCCCGUGAGGAGACUCUAGCCUUCUUCAUCAACAUCUACAACGCUUUGGUCAUCCACGGUUACCUCCGCAUGGGAGCCCCCAAAAGCAGUUGGCAGAGAUACCGAUUCUUCAACUACGUCAGCUAUCUGAUUGGAGGAGAGAUCUUCACCUUACAGGAUAUUGAGAACGGCGUUCUGAGAGGAAACAGGAAAGGGGUGGCACAGUUUCGAAGACCUUUCUCCAAAACAGACCCCCGACUACAAGUGGCGCUCAAAGACGCUGAACCGCUCAUUCAUUUUGCCUUGAACUGUGGCGCCAAAAGCUGUCCUCCCAUCAAGACCUACACGCCACAAGACAUUGACAAGCAGCUCCGCACGGCAGUUGAGGCUUUUUUGGAGGAUGACGACGCCUGCGACGUGGAUAUGGGCAAAAAAGAAGUCCGACUGAGUCAGAUUUUCAAGUGGUACAAGGUUGACUUUGGAGAAACUGAUGAGGAGCUGCUGAAGUGGGUCCUGAAGCACAUGAGCGACUCCCCAAAGAAGACUAGCUUGAAGAGUGUUCUUUCUGCUGGAAAGGUCAAAAUCAGCUACCUACCGUACGACUGGAGCCCCAACAGCAGGCUGUAAAAACAAAAUCCUCUCUGCAUCUCUUUGAUGUCUUGCCGAUGGGCUUCUCCUCUUCUUCUUCUUCUUCUCUUCCCUACCAUUUAUGCAAAAUCUGAAUAAUUUAUUAAUGGUGGGAGAGAACUGUUUGCACUUUACCGUCUAAUUGUAACUGCUCGUUGUUCAGCAAUAUAAUUCAGAAAAUGUGCACAAGAUAAGUCUGCAAAAAUUGGUGUCAUAUUUAAUAAUAAUUUUCAUGCAAUAUGGGACACUCAGGAGUCUUGCGUAACUUUUCAAAGUAUUCAAACAAGCUAAUUUUCAGGAUGUCAUUUAAGCAGAGUAGGACAAUUUUGACCCCCAAAAUGCAUUGUAGUGACAAAUACGCUGUAGUUUUAACCUAAAUGUAAAUUUAAGGUCUAAUUUGUAAAUCUUUUUAAAAAGGUGGUGCUCUUUUGUAGCAAUGAGCCUCAGAUGAUGGUAGAUAAGCACAGAAAGGGGUACAGAGGGGUAAGAUGUGAUCUUAAAAAUGACGUUUUUGUGUUGUCCUGCAUAAAUUGCAAUUUAAAAACAUUUUAGUAAACGAAAUAAAAUAAAAACGAAAAUGCUUUUAUAAAAACAAACUAUAUUUUACGUCUACAAAACUAACCAAACUAACUAUAAUUACAGCAAAAAUGUUAUCAGUUUUCGUCUUUGACAAUUUAGUUUCAAUGUUACAACAAUACUGUUUGUUUCUAACCAAUAUUUGCUUCUUUCUUUUUUUAGCAAUGCGUUUAGUAUGACGCUCUUCACUUACAUUUGUUGACGAAUCCGUUUUGAAGGCUUAAAUGAACUUUCUUUUCCUUCUUGGGCGUGAGCUCUUGUUUGCAAUCCAUACUGGGCCAUUUCCCCGUUGCAAAGAAUUUUUCAAAUACGUCUGGUUAUGUUACUCAUUUUGUUAAAUUGAGGAUUUCAGUUUAGCGUCACACGACCGAAACAACUUGACAUGUGUCACGUGUCAGUCAUUAACAAAAGUAAAACCUUAAAUCCGUGAAACCUUUCAAAAUAAAAUAUUUCUUUAAGUUUCAGCUAUCAAAGCGGAAACGGUAGUAUAUGGUAGCGCUCUUUAUGGUGCAAAUGUCGCAAUAUAAAUCUAUAUUUACAAAUAAGGCUAAUCAACCUAAUUUGUAUAGUUUCCAGUUAUAUUCGUUUAAGUGAUUAACUUGCAUUAUAUGUAGAUUUUUUGCUUAAUUUUUUGCAAAAUUCCAUCUUUGUGUUUUAUAAAGCGCACCAAAGCAAUAGUACGAGCAGCAUGUUAAAUCUGAACUGCAUGUCGGAAUUAAUGCAGCCUGAAAUUCCUGAAUGCACUGCCUUUGUUACUGCUUAUUUUUCUUGGCUGCUGGAGUUCUCACAAUUUUCCCAACAAGGCAGGGUCACUAUGUGAUGGUCAUUCAUUCUAUGGCAGAGAUGUUUACUACUCUACCACACUCAGUGAUUAUGAUAUGCAAUUAAUUGACUGCACAUUUUCCACAAUUCUGCUAUGAGGAUGAAAUGCAAAAAAAAAAAGAACUAAGGUUCAAUCGUUUUUUGGAACUGAAAGCAAUAUGUUUAUGAAUGAAAUAUGCAAUGCUUAAAUAAAACAAAUAUACUA